AUGGACCCACUUCCAUUAGGUCGUUGUAAUCAUAAAAAUUCCUUAGGGACAUCAUUAGGUCAAUGUAAUCGUUGGGCUAUUCUUGUUUGUUUACAUUGUAACCAAGGAGUAUGUUUAGAACAUCAUAAAAUUCAUCAACAUGAAAUACAAAUACGCGCAGAUAAACUUAAUAAUCGUAUAAAUGAUUUACGUCAGAUAUUACAUAGAUUAACAUAUGAACAAAUGAUUGAUAACUCACAAGAGAAACUUAAUCGAUGGGUUGUAAAAUGUAAAAAUGAAAUUGAUUUAAAACAUGCCUAUAUGUCUAAACAAUUAUCAAAUACAAUUAAACAAGUUAAUAUUGAUGAAUUUUGUUCAUUACAAAUAAAUAAUAUUAAUCAUUAUAUUGAACAACCAUUAGUAGAUCUUUUACAAACUUCAAAUAAUAUUGAAAUUAAACAAGUUGAAUCAUUAGAACAACAACUUGAACAAAUUCAAAAUAUGGUUUCAUUUAUUCAGAUUACUGAUGAUGGAGAAUUAAAACUAAAUCAAUCAAUAAGUUUAAAUAAUAAUUAUUCUUCACUAUUAUUAUUUUCUAAACAUUCUUUGAAUAAUUGUCCUGGUGCAAUGGCUGGUUCAUCACUUUCUCAUAAUUAUUUACUUAUCUUUCAAAUGAAACCAUAUUUUUCUCUUGUUUUUAUUGAAAAUAAUAAACUUAUAAGUCGAACUCCAAUUGAUUCUUUUGUCUAUGACAUAUGUUGGUCUGAAUCUACACAAAUUUUUCUUAUUGCAACUGAACAGUAUAUAUAUGAAUUUAAACCAUUAAACAAUUGUUUAUUACAGUCACAUAAAAAUUCUCAAUCUACUCAAAUAUUAUGGAGUUUAGCAUGUUAUUUAACAGAUAUUUAUAUUGUAUAUAAACCUGAUAUGAUUCUAUGUCAAUAUGAUUUCAAAAAAUCAUAUGAGAAAAAAACUCAAUGGAAUAAAUCUGAUAUAAUGUGUGAAAAAGGUGAUCAAAUAAUUGGUUGUAUUCGUAUUAAUGAACAAAAACAAAUCUUGGCAUUAUCAAUUAAACAAAUUGAUAAUCAAUGGCGCGUUGAUCUCUUUUCAAUAAAUAAUAUUCAACGAUUACAUCAUGGAUCAUCAUUUAAUAUAUUAAAUGAGAAUAAUUCAUGGCGCUGUAUGAUGACACCAUUACUUAAUAAUGAAAAUCAAUGGUUGAUACAAAAUUAUGAAAGUAUAUUACUUGAUGAGAAUAGUCAAGUAGUUAAUCGAAUUGAUCAUAAUGGAUAUAAUGUUACACUUAUUAAUCGAGAUAAAAUAGCUUUUCUCGAUCAUAAUGGUAUUCAAAUAUAUCAACGAUAA